GAAGACACAAAGCAAUCAGCACUGGGAGAAGCACAUGCUCAUUAAACGUGUAAAGUCUGUUUCAGUGAACAUUACAAGGCAGCAGCAGAAACAGACCGCCCAACUGUAUUUUAAUCGCACAACCUGCAGCAGAACAAGUUGGGAUUCCAGACUACAUGCUACACAACAGCAAAUGCCAAGUGACAUAGUGGAUCUGUAUAACUAAUGGACUACCUGGAAGUGAAAAGCUCUAGUUUAUGUUUGGAUUUAUAAAUUGAGAUAAAAUGAAGAAAAAAUUUUAGCCUGCAGCUUCAAAGCCUAACUAAGGAGGAGAAACUGUCGGAAGUGUCCAGAAUGGAAGUAAUUGCUUCAGCAGCAUUCAACACAGAGCACGCAACAGCUGCCAGCCGAAUGAAGCCACAGCUCUGCAUUUCAUCUUGAAAGAACUGAGUGAUGAUCAGUGAGAAAACGGCAGCAUGUACACAGAAAGUGAAUUUCUAUAAGUUGCUCAAAGUUAGUUAUUUUGUUUUACUGGAAGUACAUCAACAAACUGCAGCAAUCUACCACCAUGGUAAGCAACACAAAUUCCUGUAUGGCUAAUGAUUCUUUCAAGUACACCCUUUAUGGCUGUGUGUACAGUAUGGUAUUUGUGCUUGGCCUCAUAUCAAACUGUGUGGCCAUAUACAUCUUUAGCUGCUCUUUAAAACUAAGAAAUGAAACAAUAACAUAUAUGAUUAAUUUAGCAGUUUCAGACUUGCUGUUCGUGUUCACAUUGCCAUUUCGGAUUUUUUACUUCGUGACACAAAACUGGCCUUUUGGUGAAAUAUUGUGUAAGAUUUCAGUUGCACUGUUUUAUACAAAUAUGUAUGGUAGUAUUCUGUUUCUGACAUGCAUCAGUGUUGACCGCUUUCUGGCAAUAGUGCAUCCAUUUAAAUCCAAAACUCUAAGAACUAAGAGGAAAGCAAAAUUAGUAUGCCUUGCUGUGUGGAUUACAGUUCUGGCAGGAAGUGCAUCGGCUAGCUUCUUCAAAUCCAUUGUUAAGAACAAUGGCAAUGACACUCAGAUAACAUGCUUUGAGAAUUUCCCUAAUGACACAUGGAAGACUUAUUUAUCAAAAAUUGUGAUAUUUAUCGAAGUGGUAGGAUUUGUUAUACCACUCAUUCUUAAUGUAACUUGUUCCACAAUGGUUCUAAGGACUCUUAAAAGCCCAGCAACACUAAGCCGAAGCAAAAGGAACAAAACCAAGAUUCUGAGAAUGAUUUUGGUUCAUUUACUUAUUUUCUGCAUUUGCUUUGUACCGUAUAACAUUAAUUUGGUACUUUACUCUCUGGUGAGAACACAAACCUUAAGCAACUGUUCCAUAGUGGCUGCAGUUCGGAUCAUGUAUCCCAUUACUCUGUGCAUUGCUGUUUCUAAUAGCUGUUUAGACCCCAUGGUUUACUACUUCACGUCAGAGACAAUACAGAACUCAAUUAAAUUGAAAAGCAGGUCAAUUAUGAAGGACUCCACUUUUAAUGAAAGUACAUUCCCUGAAAAUUUUAUACAUCAUGGUCUACGGUCCAUAAAAGCAAAAAUCUUUGACAAUGAAUCUACUGUCUGAAACUUACAGAUGGAAAUAUAAUGCACUAAAUACAGAGGAAGGGUUGCAAACAUGUGAAUUUCACAGCAAUGACUGACAGAAAGCAGCAGCUCACCCCCAAUAAAAAGAAUGUGUACCUCAGUGAAAAACAAUGCAAAAGAAGCCCUCAGGCUCCUAAGUCAAAAAGGAAAGGGGGAUCUUUUUAAAGUCAAACAGUAUUGUGCAUUUCUUUUAUUUAUUUGUGUGCAAGUGGCUGUGAGGAAGCGAGUUCACACAGUGUUUCUCAGGAAAAGGCUCAAGUGCUAGAAUGUCCUCUCAAGUGUUUUUAAGCUGAAAUCUAAGACUUGGCCUUUACUGAAGCUAUUGUCUUGAUUUUACUGAUCAAUUAAGUGUCUACAUCAUGCUGUGCAACUGACAAUCAAAAGGUUUAGCAAAGUGUAUCAGGUUAAUGUUGAACAGCUCAAACUAAAACAGAAUUUUAUCUGCCAAUUGGCUUUUUUUUUUGCUUUUUUUUUGUCAAAUGUGUUAGCAAAAAAAAAUCCAUUUUUAUAUUUAAGACAUUUCUGUAUUAUAUGCAAAGCAUUAAAAUUAUUUUUAUACAUA